UGGGUCCAUCCUGAGCACUGGGGCCCUCUCAGCUCCGGGUUCUCUGACCCCACUUUCUGCUUCCCUUCCCUCUACAGCAAGAGUGAACCAUGGAGCUGCGUGUGGGGAAUAAGUACCGCCUGGGUCGCAAGAUUGGGAGCGGGUCCUUUGGGGACAUCUACUUAGGUGCCAACAUCGCCUCUGGUGAAGAAGUGGCCAUCAAGCUGGAGUGUGUGAAGACGAAGCACCCGCAGCUGCACAUCGAGAGCAAGUUCUACAAGAUGAUGCAGGGGGGAGUGGGGAUCCCGUCCAUCAAGUGGUGCGGGGCUGAGGGCGACUACAACGUGAUGGUCAUGGAACUUCUGGGGCCCAGCCUGGAGGACCUCUUCAACUUCUGCUCACGAAAGUUCAGCCUCAAGACGGUGUUGCUCCUGGCCGACCAGAUGAUCAGCCGCAUUGAGUACAUCCACUCCAAGAACUUCAUCCACCGGGACGUCAAGCCCGACAACUUCCUCAUGGGCCUGGGAAAGAAAGGUAACCUGGUGUACAUCAUUGACUUCGGCCUGGCCAAGAAGUACCGGGACGCUCGUACCCACCAGCACAUCCCCUACCGGGAAAACAAGAACCUGACCGGCACUGCCCGCUACGCCUCCAUCAACACCCACCUGGGCAUCGAGCAAAGCCGUCGAGACGACCUGGAGAGCCUGGGCUACGUGCUCAUGUACUUCAACCUGGGCUCCCUGCCCUGGCAGGGCCUCAAAGCAGCCACCAAGCGCCAGAAGUAUGAGCGGAUCAGUGAGAAGAAGAUGUCCACGCCCAUUGAGGUCCUCUGCAAAGGCUACCCCUCUGAGUUCUCAACAUACCUCAACUUCUGCCGCUCCCUGCGGUUCGAUGACAAGCCCGACUACUCCUACCUGCGCCAGCUCUUCCGCAACCUCUUCCACCGGCAGGGCUUCUCCUAUGACUACGUCUUCGACUGGAACAUGCUCAAAUUCGGGGCUUCCUCGAGCCAGGCUCAGCCCCGAGACAGCGAAGCUCUGGCACCACCAUGCCCCCGUCCCUGGCCCUGUGCCGGGCCCUCAUGCUCACCCACAUACUGGUGCCCGGCACCCCUGGGCACCCAAGGCCCCCCAGAUAGGCCCUUGGAGGAGGUGGAGGAGCUACCACCGCAAAACUACUGGCCUGUGGUCUGGACUCCAGGGCCCCAGUUCUGACAUCGUCUGAUGUGCCCGAGCUCAUCAGGGCCAAGCCUGACUGGGCAUCGUUUGUUGGGACGGUGGGAGUGACAAGCUAUUCAAGAGAGGUGGCCGUGCACUGGAGAGGGUGUGACAGAAGAAGCCCUGCGUGGGAUUCUUAGGAAUGAACCAGCUGCCCAAGGGCCUGGACAGGCAUGAAGAAGGGAUGAUGGCCCCUGUCUGGGAGGGGCCUGGUGGGCGUGGACUGCAGGACCAUCAGCAGCCUCUGUAUUGAGCCGAUCUCAUUAAAUGUUCCCGUGUCCCAUCCUGCUGUGCCUCCUUUCACAGCGUGGUGCCGAGGACCGAGUCCUUGUCCUCGGGCUAUGCCAAGCGCACUGGUCUUGAGCUCCUCUUCUCUCCGGGUCCUGGACAGUGGCCAGUUCUCCAAGGUGGCAGGCAGAGGUCAAGCAAAGAAUGGGGUCUCACACACCAGGGGCCUUGGGAGAGGCCUCUGUUUUCCUUUCUCUCCAAACAUGGGGUGGGAGAUGAGCAGCGGGCGUCUUCCAGCUUCAAGUGUGAUCAAGGGCCUGGGAGUCCAAGUCCAGUCUGGGCAGCUUCCGCACGUCAGCCCACCUCAGCUGCAGAGGGGUUUGUGUUCUCUUAGACUUGUGCCAUCCGCUGUGAUAGCCACUGGCUAUGUGGUGCCCGCUUAAAUUAAUAAAAUUUAAUCAAAAUGGAAAAUGUAGUUCCUCGGUAACUAUCGCCUCGUUUCAAGUUCACAGUGGCUAGGCUGGCAGAUGGGCACGUUUCUGUCAUCCCAGAGCCUCCUUUACAGCCAACAAGAUCUGAAGACAGGCCAGGCUCACCCUCCCCACUGUGGCCGGGGCUCGGACCCGCUUCCUAGGGUCUUGUUAGAGCAAGCUCUGGAGUGUGAAGCUGGACAGAGGCCCGUUACUACCACCAAGGUGAGCCGGAACACGCCAUGGGGACUUCCUGCAGCCCGCCUACAGACAGGACUUCAUGCUGGGCCCUGUAGGCUUGGACUCUCCGAUGGGAAGGAUCUUGCCUUUGACCUUGAAGUAGUCUCCCAUGUUCAACAUCAGCGCCAGGGCCCUGGGAUCCCCGGAUACCUGAUACUGGGAUGCCACUCCGGGUACGCAGUGCCCUGUGUUCUGAAGUCUGACCAUCGGUCCAGGAGGAAAUUGCGUACAACCAAGGAUGGAGUCCACACAACAGGGCUGGGUGCUUGGGUGACUUUGAUGUUGAUUUUUUGUGUUUUCUUGUGGGCAAAUAAAGACCAAAAAGCCUCUCUCUAGUGUGCCUUUGUCGAGGCAUUGCUUGGGUGGAUGAAAACACAGAGGGCUGUGCUGUUUCUCCUGGCCUUGGGCAUCAGCCCAAGCCUGCUGGUGUAGCCAGGGGCCAGUCUCCAGCCUCCCAUGCUGCUACUGACUUCUUGUCACUGCGCUUCUGAGGAUCACAGAGCCUCACCAAGCUUUAGUUUUUCCAACCAGGGGAUGGCAUCGGCCCUGUCCUACAUGGUGGGUAUUGUCACUUUGUCUCUCUAGUUGGACUAUGGCUCUGGCUGAGUCUCUGUAGCCAGCAACUAAGUAGUGAGCCCAGGGUGAUGGCUGGAGGCUGCAGGCUCCACGCCUGCCUCAGGAGGCCUCAGGAAGGGGAUCACAAGGUCAGCAGUGCCAGAAGAGUGCCCGGGGGAAUGUGACCGACCUGGGUUGGUCCUCACGAGGAGGAGUCAGGGAUCAUUGUGAUACUAGCUGCUUCUCCUAGGAGUUCAG